AUGUCUUCAACGGCAGAACUCCAAAUCAUUAACAACGCAACGCUUCUGAUCAAUGACUUCCUCAACACUGGCCGAUUCUCAUUCGAUCACCUUUCCACCCGUCUACCAGUGAUCACUGAACUCGGGUCGUUCAUUGGAACACUGCAAAACGAAGUUCCAAAAGAACCUCGUAUCACGGAAGCGUUUCUAAAUCAGGAAGAUCUGAUGUGCCAACUAACAGAUAAAAUGAAUAGAAAUUGGGAUGUGCUGAAAUGGACAAUGUCUGGAAACUCGAUGUUUGCGGAGGUUGCACAGGAAGCGGGAACAGUCACUAAUUUCAUGUUAGAUGCUAUCCGUCAUCCAUGUGGUCAUAGUAUCGGGUUGUUUGGGGACGCCUGUAACAAAAUGUCUCCACAUAUGAAUGGAUAUAAACUAAUCACUCUCCUCGAGCAAGACUCAACUAACCCUCUGAAAGUCGCUAUGAAUGCAGAUGACUAUAAACGUACGGACACUUUUGAGAAGUGGAGAGGAAUUCUAGAUGGGGCUAUGACUCAUUUGCUAUUCCUUGAAACGUUCUCCAAUGGAAUGUUCUGGCAACAGAACAUGUACGGACCGGAGAAUUUGAAACGAAAGAUUGAGAGGAUGAAUGCGAAAUUUGACUACGCUAGAGACGAGUAUAAAAUUAAUUACUGGCCGGACACAGUACAACAAAUGCUUUUCAAGGUACAAAAUCAGAAUCAAAGCUAUGGAAAUUUGGAAAAAGCGAAAAAAAUUCAAACCAUACUGAGACAAGUUCUGACGGACGAUGUCUUCUACAUAAUCGUGUAUGAUUCAUGUCAGGGGAACUCCUUCCACUGUAACGAUAACCAACACAUCACUUCUUCCUGUCAAGAUGGAUCAAAUAUUGUGAUUUACCGGAGUAAAGAAUGGGGGAAUGCAGAGAAGGGAGAUGUGGAGAAGAUGAAGGAGGAUGUGGAGAAGUGCAAAGAGAAGACCAAGGAAUGGAUUAUGCGCCUUGGAGAUCUUCCGAAAUGGAUUAUGACUAAUCAUGUAAAAAAUUCUGCGUUUGUGGGGCUCAUCCGGGAAGACAACAAUGUUCAAAUUCUAUCUGCCGGAAACUUUUAUCAAAAAUCAACUGGACCAGGACAUUGGACCAAUAUUUCUUUGGGAAAUGCUGAAGAAAAAUAUUUUUUGAUUGCAGAUAUUGUUUCAUUUUUGGAUAUUGCAUCAUUCCAUAUCCAAACCAUGAGCUCUAUUAUAAUCUGUAUUCAUAGACUGAGCACUGUCAUUGUGGAAAAUUCUAAUAGAUUCUGGAAGCGGUGGUAUUUAUUCUGUUAUCUGGGGAUCGGUGUGUAUUCAUGUUUGGCGGCAAAACUUGUGAUGCUUCCGGAGAUUUCGUAUGACUAUGAAUCGCGGGUUUUCCUGGAACCCACUAUAAAAGAUAAAUCUCAAAUCAUCGUUGGCUUCAGCUUGGUUUAUAUCGUUUUGAUCAUAAUUAUCGGUACAGUAACUCUGCUGAAAAUCCGCAACCGACUACUUGCCCACGCCCAUCAUAAUACCUUUCUACUCAAGAAGAUAUCAAAAAUCACAGUUGUCAAUUCUUGUGUCUACGCAGUUUUGGUGCUUAGAACGGUUUUUUCAUCGACUUGGAAUUUCAAAUAUCGACAUGAACUAGUGAUGACAAUUGCGGAUGUGAUGAUAUUCUCUAUCAGCUACAUACUAAUUUUCCUUGAUUCAAAUAUUCAAAUUUUGAUCAAAAAUGCAAUAAUUGGAAAUCUGGAAAAAUCUCGUGUGAGGGAUUCCAGAAUCAGCUGA